AUGGGUGGCAAUCCUGCUAGGAGAGGACUCAUGAAUCACUGCUCCACUCCCGGCAUCCACGGUACUACUGACUGCUCUACUCGGGGGAGCCAUGGUGCUGUCGACCACUCCGCUCAUGGGGGCUAUGGUGCUGUCAACCGCUCCACUUGUGGGAGCCGUGGUGCUGUCGACGGCUCCGCUCGUGGGAGCUGUGUUACUGUCGGCCGCUCCGCUCGUGGGAGCCGUGGUGCUGUCAGCCGCUCCGCUCGUGGGAGCCGUGGUGCUGUCGGCCGCUCCGCUCGUGGGAGCCGUGGUGCUGUCGGCUGCUCCGCUCGUGGGAGCCGUGGUGCUGUCGGCCGCUCCGCUCGUGGGGGCCGUGGUGCUGUCGGCCGCUCCGCUCGUGGGAGCCGUGGUGCUGUCGGCCGCUCCGCUCGUGGGAGCCGUGGUGCUGUCGGCCGCUCCGCUCGUGGGAGCCGUGGUGCUGUUGGCUGCUCCGCUCGUGGGAGCCAUAGUGCUGUCGACCGCUGCGAUCGUGGGAGCCGUGGUGCUGUCGGCCGCUCCGCUCAUGGGAGCCGUGGUGCUAGCAACUGCUCUGCUCGUGGGAGCUGUGACGCUAUCAACUGUUCUGCCCAUGGAAUCCAUCUUCCUGGUUGA